AUGGAGCUUGUUUCCAACCAGAUAAGCUCAUGCCUGUAUCCCCCAUGCGUUUGUGGACACUACAGGUCUUGUCUUUCUCCUCCACCUAAUCCACCUCAUCAACCAGGAAAACCAGGUGAGGACUGGGGGAGGAGAGGUCAAAGCUCACAUUCGGGGGGCAUAUCUGGCUUGUAUGGCUUCUGUCAUACUGGUAGAGCUUCCUGCAUCUUCAUCCUGCUGUGUGUGCUGGAGGUCGUUUAUGUGUUGUGGUGCAAACCGAGCCAGGAGGACGGUGCAGAGGCCCUGCAAUCAGAGCCAGAGGUGGAGGAGAGUCAGAGCUUCCCAGUUCAGCUGCUGGCUCUGUGGAACUCCCGUGCUGGAUUCUUGGGUAAAACCAUUCUACCAGUGUUGCAGCUGAUCCGACUCAUUAUUGUCGGGGCAGCAGUGAAGCCAGUGUGGGACAACGAAUUAAAACACUUUGUCUGUGAAUCUAUGCAGCCAGGCUGCAGCCAAGCUGCUUUUAACACAAUCUUCCCCUUUUCUUUGUAUCAGUACUGGACACUGCAGGUGCUUAGAAAUACAACACAAGCAACAAAGGACAGAGCAGAAGUGGAGGUUAAAGGUCAUGCAGGCCUACUUCGGGCAUAUGUGGGAAUCUUAUCAGCUGUCACUCUGCUAGAAGUGAGUUUUAGCUCCAAAACUAAUAUGAACACAUUAUAGAUGC